ACUCAAUUUUCCAUUGCAGCACUUUGAAAUGAAAGCCCUGGAAUGUUUUUUAUUGGUGGUAGCUCUAGCGAGAGUUUUUCCCCGGAUCGAGGGCUGCAGUAGGGUUCCAUUGGGCACCACGGCAGCCAAGUCGCCGGUGGAUGAUAACUAUGUGCUGUCCGUGAACGGAAAUACACAGAGUUAUGUGCCCGGUCAAAGGUAUAAUGUAAGCCUCAGUGCGUUUUCGGAUCUGUCCUUCAUAAGCUUCAUGCUUUCCCUGGAUCUGGAGGGUGGUGAAAGCGAUGGAGAUGCCAAUGCGUUGGGUUCCUGGGAGAUUUCGGAUCUGGCCGAGACCCGUUUCAGUCCACGCUGCGCUAAUCUAGUGGAGAACACGAAUACGAAUGUAAAGACCCGCGUGGAUGUGACCUGGGUGGCUCCAUCGAGUCCUGGGCAGGGUUGCAUUCUGCUGCGCGCUACGGUGAUGCAGCAUCGUGAUGUUUGGUUCAUGGACGAUGGUUUCCUGACCAAGCGCAUGUGCGAGGAGGAGGUGGAUGACAUUGACACCCAGCCCAGCAUCGUGGAUCCUUGCUGUGCCUGUGACGAGGCCAAAUAUGAGCUUACCUUCGAAGGCAAGUGGUCGCGUCACACACAUCCCAAGGACUUUCCUGCGAAUAGUUGGCGCACCAGAUUCAGCGAUAUUAUUGGAGCCUCACACACCUUGGACUACAGAUUCUGGCAGUAUGGAGAACUGGCCAGCGAGGGUCUGCGUGAGGUGGCUGAGCAUGGUUCCACGCGAACCCUGGAGAGUGAGCUCAAGGAUCAGAGCGAGCACAUUCGCACCAUCAUCAAAGCGAGAGGAAUUGCCUAUCCGAAUGUGACGGGCAAAACAUUUGCCGUCUUUCGUGUGGACUCCAAUCACCACUUGAUCUCGCUCGUCUCAAUGGUGGAUCCCUCGCCGGAUUGGAUCGUGGGUGUUUCUGGUCUGGAACUGUGCCUGCCCAAUUGCUCUUGGGUGGAGAACAAGGUGCACAACCUGUAUCCAUGGGAUGCGGGCACCGACAGUGGACCAUCUUAUAUGUCUGCUGACCAGCCGCAGGUUCCCCCAGACGUAGUACGUCGCAUCAAAUCGAAUUCCCCCAACGAUCCUCGUUCGCCCUUUUAUGAUCCCACUGGCGCUCAAAUGAAACCUCUAGCCACCUUGCACAUUAAUCGACGACGUCUCUACGAGAAGAACUGCGAGUCUUCCGAUUCGGAACAGUUGCCGCCGGAGUGCGCCACACAUUCUUGGUCCAGAUGGGAUGAGUGCACCACCAAGUGUGGUCCCGGCAAGCAGUACAGGAUCCGCGAGUUCAAGAACCCAGCACAGGCUUCGCGUCAUCGUUGCAACAAUGCCCUGCGUGAGGAGAAGAAUUGCGUGGGUCACAAGUGCGCCGGCUUCAAUGAGGAGACAGCCGAGGGCGUGGAACCGGAGGUGGUACCUCCUCCCGGCAGCAACGACGAUCCCCAGUGCGGCCUGUCCGACUGGUCCGAGUGGUCCUCCUGCACGGUGACCUGUGGCACUGGCGAGAUGACCCGAACCCGUCAUUAUCUCAACAAGAAGGCCAAGAAGAAGUGCCAGAAGGCGAGUAGGGCGCGUCUGCAUGAAACCAAGAUCUGCGAGGCCAUGGAAUGUGGCGGUGAUAUCGAGAACGAAGGUGGUGCCGCCGGUGAACCGGAGGAGGAACAGACCGGCGGUGGUGGUGGUGAUGAGGGUGGUUCCGCCGAGAAACGCUCGAUCUUUCGCAACUUUGAGAGCUACAGUCAGCAUCGCGAGGACUAUAUACCCCCGGUUUGUGGGGUAACGCCCUGGUCGGAUUUCUCGCCCUGCAAUGGACCCUGCGGUGGCAACGGCAAGCGUCAGCGGAUUCGCAAGGUGUGGAACAACAACCAGGUGUACGGGGUAACGGAUCCCAAUGACGAUGGCCAGGAUCCCUGUCGUCAUAUCAAGCUGCAGGAGGAGGUGAACUGCACGAAUCCCAGCUGCGAUACCAUAGUCCCAGGAUUCUGCUACGACGAGCUAACCGAUAGCCCGUGUCGCGAUAGCGAUGUGGCCAACUUCUGGUACUACGACCAUGUGAGCGACCAGUGCGCCAUCUAUUGGUCGGAUCGCUGCGACAAGAAUCGCAAUAAGUUCAAGUCGAAGGAGGAGUGCGAGGAGACCUGCCGGCUGCCGCGUCACAAGCAGGAACUGCAGCACGACGGAGUUCCGGCCAUUGAUUGCCAGGUCUCCGACUGGGUAUCGCAUAGUUGCAACGCCUCCUGCGGCGAUGGCUUCCAGUUGCGAACGCGUCGCGUGGUGAGGACGCCCAAGUAUGGCGGGAAACCCUGUCCCAAGCACCUGGUUCGCUUGGAUCGCUGCUACCAGCGGUGCGAGGAUAUGUACUCGAUCAGUGGUCGGGGAUUCGGGGAGCGCAGGCAUGUGGUGAAGCUUAACCAAGCACCGGAGCCACGGGACGAGUGUCGCUACUCGGAGUGGUCCGCCUGGACGCCCUGCACCGCCAGUUGUGGUGACAAUGCCGUUCGCCAGCGGACUCGCACCCUGCUGAACACCGACCUGAGCUUCAAGUGCAAGGAUCGCGUCCGCAUGGAAAAGUGCGUGAUGAUGCCGUGCCUCCUCAACAGCAACGAUGAACCCGAGCGGUGGUGAGAUGACCCUUGAGCUGUAACAAGUAUUACCUAUACACACCAAUUAUGUAAUCACUAUAGAGGGUGCCAUUAAAUAUACAAAACCAUA